UUCAGUCUCAAUUGAGAGAGCUGAGAGCUUGAUGUACACUCUCGCCGACGCUGCCGUGGCGACGGCGGACGGAGGCGGAUGGAAGUUGUCUUGAAGGUCCUCAAGGAUGGAUUUGCAGCUGUCCAUGUGUCGUAUUCGUAUGGAUUUGCGAUAAUACUGCUCACUAUUCUUGUCAAAGUUGCCACAUUUCCAUUGACCAAGCAACAGGUCGAAUCAACGCUAGCAAUGCAGAAUCUUCAACCAAAGAUCAAAGCUAUCCAACAAAGAUAUGCAGGAAACCAGGUGAGCAUCUUCACCCGUGUUCUAUUUCCCUAUUUAACUCUUGCCUUGGACUACUCCAAGAACACCGUGAAAACCACCUGCCUUCUUACGGGAGACCACAACUCCUCCCUCCUUGAAGCUCACACCAUCUCCUUCACCAUCAAGGUGGCUUGGCUAGACUUUGGUGCUUGA